AACAAUUGAGUCGAUAAUGAAGAAAUUUACAAUAUCUGAAGUUGACAAUAUGAAGUAGUUGAUAUUAGCGCGUUCUGCAAUUGGCAGAAAAUUAGUUUCAAUGUUUGGGUUAGUCGUUUGUGGUUAUUUCACUUUGUUUUAUCAUAUAAAAAUGUAAUAGUCAAUUAGAUCAGAUUAUGAUUGCAACUACUCAAAGAAUAAUUUCGACAAAUUUCUGUGAAUAAAUGUGAAUCGCGUGUGUUUUAGUGUGAGUGCUAGUCGCAGACUCCAAAAGUGAAGAUGUCUUCAAAGAGCGAGUUAAAAAAGUUGUCAGAAGAAAGUCUAACAAGACAACCCGAAGAAGUUUUUGACAUUAUCUGUAAACUUGGCGAGGGAUCUUAUGGCUCCGUGUAUAAAGCACUCCACAAAGAGAGUGGACAGGUACUCGCAAUAAAACAAGUACCAGUCGACACAGACUUGCAGGAAAUCAUUAAAGAAAUUUCUAUAAUGCAACAAUGUGACUCCCCUUACGUUGUAAAAUAUUAUGGAAGCUACUUCAAAAACACAGAUUUAUGGAUUGUCAUGGAGUAUUGCGGAGCAGGAUCCGUAAGUGAUAUUAUGAGGUUAAGAAAAAAAACUCUUCAGGAAGACGAAAUCGCUACAAUUCUUUGUGAUACACUCAAGGGUCUCGAAUAUCUUCACCUUAGACGAAAAAUUCACAGGGACAUUAAGGCUGGAAACAUUUUGCUCAAUAACGAAGGACACGCAAAGUUAGCCGACUUUGGCGUUGCUGGUCAAUUAACGGACACAAUGGCUAAACGAAAUACCGUGAUCGGUACACCAUUUUGGAUGGCGCCCGAAGUCAUUCAAGAAAUAGGUUAUGACUGUGUGGCGGACAUUUGGUCUCUUGGAAUAACGGCGCUUGAAAUGGCAGAGGGAAAACCACCGUACGGGGAUAUUCAUCCGAUGAGAGCAAUUUUCAUGAUCCCUACGAAACCACCUCCCAGCUUUAGAGAACCUGAUCAGUGGAGUCCAGAGUUUAUAGAUUUUGUGAGUGGGUGCCUUGUUAAAAACCCGGAAGAAAGAGCCACUGCCACUGAGUUAUUGCACCAUGAAUUCAUAGGCAAUGCUAAACAACCAAGUAUUCUCAGUCAAAUGAUCGCAGAUGCGCAUGAGAUGAGAGAAAAACAAAGUGCACAUAGAGCACAUGUGAUUAAUAACGUGGCAAUCAAGAGUCAACAAAACACAGAAGACUCGGACGAGGAUGACUGCACAGGAACAAUGAGACCUCUUCCAGAAGAUUCAGGAACUCUAGUACCUUCCCACGAUCUUCCGGACACAGGAACACUGGUUUCAGGGAUUUUGGAUCUGGGUACGAUGGUUAUUAACAGCGACACAGAUACAGAAGCAACGAUGAAAAGGCAUAAUACUGGUUCAGUUGAAUCGGGAAAGAAAUAUCGGCCAUUAUUUUUGGAUCACUUCGAUACAAAAGAAGCACCAGAAAUAGGAAAGGGGAAUGGACAGAUAUUAGGAAUGCAUAAUCCUGAAGUAGAGAAUAAAUUAGAUUUACAGAAUCCAAUAGAAUCUCAAAGGUUUCAAAAUAAUUUACAGUUGCAACUUAAUCAAAUUUCGCAUCCAGUGCCAGAACCGCCUCAUAAUAACAUAUCUAAAUUUCAAAAUGCUUUCACGGAAAGGGAUUUCGAUUUUAUAAACAACUAUAUCCUGCAGCUGAAGUUUCUCUCGUACGAGGAACUGCAGCAACGAAUGGCGAGUCUAGACGCCGAGAUGGAAAGAGAAAUCGACGAGCUUAGAAGAAGGUAUCAAACCAAGAGACAGCCAAUACUCGACGCCAUGGACACUAAGCGUAAACGUCAACAGAACUUCUAACAGUGAUGUACUCUGUUUUUGUGUGAAUGAAGCACGUGUGUGAUAGGACAAAGGUGUACAGUUGUACAAAUUCGUAGAUUUUAUUCUAUAGUUCUCCCCGACUUUCUCAAAUUUGGUCAAACUAAAUAGGAGAAAAAUUAAUUCAAUGUGAAAAUUUAAUUUUUAUCCUUGCCUUUGUUGUUGAGCGAUCAAUUUCGUAAUUAAGGCAAGAGGAAGAAAAACUGUUAUGUUGAAAAUCAAAAGAAAUAAUUGUUAUUCCGUUAAUAUAUUAUUUUUUAUUGUAAAGAUGCAAUUUUUUGAGAUUUUACAAAACCUUGAUUUAGAAAACGAAAAUUGUAAUAUAGGUUAAGUCUUGGAGGUUUUUGUUUAAUUCUUUUUUAAAUUUGAAAAAUCCAUGUUUCAAAGAUAUAACUCGAAAGGUUAGAAAAUUUUUUUCAUUUAUUUGCAAGCAAAGCAUUUUUUUAAACAAUCAUCAACUAAAUUCUCAAAUCUCUACAUUAUUUUCAAGGUACAGACGUUGAUGAAAAUUUUGUUUGAAUAAAUUUUCAACAAUCAAAACUGUUCUAAAAACCAUUUUGGAUUUUAAACUUGAAAUCGAUUUUGAAACCUAUUUUUAACGGCACUGCUUGCAAGUGUCAACUAUUGAUUUAUUAAUAUGUAUUUAUUGAAAUAUUUGAGAAAUCUUAAUACUAGCCACUAAAAAUAGUGAGUCACUUUAAAGUAUUUUCAUUUGUCAGGUCAAUUAUACUUUUCUUAUUUUUGAAGUAAAAUGAGUUAAACAAUUUUAGACUAGCUGCACAUGUUUGUUAAAGAAGCAACCAUUAAGAAAUUCAACAAAUGUUAUUUAGAUAUAGAUGAUAAUAGAUUUUUAUUCAAUUAAUCUAUAGUGUGUGAUAAUAAAAACGUAUAUGUAAGAUAUACCUGCGAGGAUUAGUUACAUAAACAGAAGUUUAUUUCUCUCUGUCAGUCUCACUCUUAUGAGCUAAUUGACUGCGGAAGCAAGAAACAUUUAAGGGCAAUAGGUGAACAUAUAAAAUCCAUAAAUAUCAUAAUAAAAUGAGAAAAAAUAAAAAAGAACUUUAUAAAAGAAGUACAUACGUUCAUUUUACGAACGUUAUGCUUCCUCAUAGAUAAUUUAAAAAGGUUAUUUAAUAAUCAAAGCUAAAUUUACAAAAUUAAAUAUUUUUUAAAUGUAUUUAAAAAAUUUUUAAAAAUAGGUAAAAAUAAUUGUGUGGAUUUUUUUCAAAUCCUACUAAAUUUCAGGAUAAUCCGUCAAAGCGUUUUGUAAUUUGAACCAAUUCGGUUUACUAGUUUCAGUUCAGUACGUAAAAACGUUGUUACGAGAAAAAUAUUAAGGAAUGUACUUUGUAUUUCAAGUCAAAUUUUUUGAUUGUAAAUUCUACUUUUUUUACACACGCUUCAUAUUCUUCGAAAGAAAUAAAAGCACUUAUUGUGUACGCGUUCUUUAGACAUUAAGUCUUUUAAAAUACUAUUGAAACGGUUUUUUUUCGUUAGAAAUUUCUAUUUCGCAUGAAAUAUAAGUCGCUUUAUACUACAAAGUCAUUAACUGUAGAAAGUUGUUUUGUGAGAUGAAUUGAGACAUCUUAUACUACAGCUACAUCAGUUAGUAACUAUCGAAAAUGAUUGCAAAGUACUCCAUACUAAUUUUUUUUGUAAUUAUUCGUAAUUUACUAGUUGGUAAAUGUUGAUAUUUUGUUAAACGUUAUUUGCUAUUAUUGUUAUCAUUGUCAUUGAUGUUUACAAAAUAUUUUAAUUAUUAUAAAUAUUUUUCUUACUAUUUAUUAAAACAACUUUAAUCUUUAUAAUAUUUAUUCUGAGCUAAGCAGACGUUUCACAACUAUUCCUCUUUUCUUGCUCUUCGAUUUUUUGGCAAGAUUCACACAAGCUUAAAUAUAACAUCACCGUCUCAAUUGUAAUAUUUGCAAAUUUUUCUUUUAGUUCUAUCUGUUUCGUCCACUAUGUCCAACAUUUAAAUGAGCAUUAUGAAUAAUAUCAAAAAUAUCUUCAUUCGUCACAAAAUUCUUCAAUUUACUAUUUUUAGAAAGUAAAUAAAUUUUUUUUUCUUUUCCAGUUGAAAUUACGUCGUACCUCUUGAGUCAUCGAUAAUCCAUACAUGUUUUUUUUUAAUUUCAUUUUAGCAUCAUCUUGCACAAUUUCAAUAUAUUCUUCCUUGGAUAAACAGAAGGAAUUAUUAUUUAUUGCAUUUAUAAUAUUUUCUGACAAUUCAUUAAAUUUUUUUUCAUUUCAAUACAUUCACUCAUUUUUAUUUCAUGUAAUUAAAAUUAAAAUUUAAUUAAACUAACAAUUUAGCUAUCAAAAGCACACUGAAAGAAUAAAUUUAAGAGUGACAAUAUAAACAUUCUACUUUUACAAAUCUGUUCACUUUGUAUAAGUUUGAUUUGUAUCUCAUUGAAAUGUUUACAAAAAUAAAAUAUCAACAUUUACCAACUAACGCUGGUCAGUGUGCACAUUUACCAAUUUACUUGGUAAAUAUACGUAAUUUUUUCAUUAAUUUAAAAAUUUCUCACAUUCACCAAAUAGCCCGGUAUUAUAUAAGAAAUAUUUCAGCGUUCGUCGCAUAAAUAUUUUUUAAAAUAUUUUGUAAAUUUUCAACUUCAAUGAACUUUUAUGAGUCAAAAUUUUUUUGAAAUAUUUCCUGAAUAUUGCAGAGUUUUCAUAUGUAAUAUUGCAGAAGUAUUAAGUAUAAUAAUUCAGCAAAAUUGCACGGCAAUAUUUCUCAAUGGCUGACAUUUUCCUGUUUUCAUCAAUAUUUUAUGAACCUCUCAUUGAAAUAUUUCAAAUCUUUCAAUGAAAGAUAUAGAAAAUAUAAUGUACUGUAUGGGAUGCAUUAUUACAUUUUCUUUAAAUGCAAAAAUAUGGGAUUUCAUGUGAAGUGAUCAAGAAAAAAAAUUCCUUUAAUGUUUAUUGAGUGGAAAAGGAUAAAAAUUUUAGGCGUCAUUGUUAAUUUCUCUUAAAUUAAAUUUUUAAAAAAUUAAAAAAUAAUUAAAUAAAAAAAUGUUAUUUUGAGAGGAAGACAUGAUUUUUUAAAAGGUCGAUAACCAUUUUUUUAGUACAAAAAGUGGUCGAAUUUUCAUGAAAUUGAGUAUCUUAAUGGUUUUGAUUUUCUGAAUCGAAAUUAAAAAUUGCGAUCGGUUAUUUUGAAUUUUGAUACUAUAUUUGGAUUCAGAGAUCUAAAAUACCUUAAGGUUCCAAGUUUUUAUAGAAAAUUGAAAAACUGUUAAUUAAUGUUUCUACGUUGUGGCCAUUGUAGUCAUGAACAGUUAAAAGUUGUUUUAAAAAACAGUAAAAAUACUUGUAUAGCGAAAAAAAUUAAAAGCCAUAACAUUUUCAUAUCAAUAAGACCACGAUUAAAGAAAAUUUUUACCUCUUGGUCGCUUCACUUAAAGUCUCUCAAAUAAAGGUUUUAGUUUUUUCCUUUAAUACAAAAAUAGAAGAAUGCGAAAACUUAGAACCUACAGUAAAUAAUUCAACACAGAAGAUAAUUGGUUUUAUAUCAGUCGUCCUAUUUAUAAACAAUUUUCACGACGAUUAAUAAACUCUGCUAUGAUGCAAUCAAAUAGGCAAACUAUUCAUUUAUUCUAUGAUUUUCCAAAAUUACUAAAGUACCAGCAUUUUGCAACAUUUAUUAGUCUUUAAUACCACUUUUUUCUUUCGGUCUAUUCGUUGAAUGAAUCAAGAGUUCGGAACAUUCAUUCGGUGAAUUUUUUUAUUUUUAAUUAGUAUAAUUUAUUUUUAUUUUUUAAAACAUGUUAGAUUUUUGCAAAAGUUUAUGUAUGUUUCUUCGCAGCUCCUUUUUUCUCUAUAGAGGUCACUGACAGUAAAAACGAACUAUAAAUUGAAAGAAUUUUUGAAUUUCUGCUAAAAGAAAGUUGCAUGUAGUAAUUCGAAGAAAUUAAAACAUUUUCUAGUUCGAUUGAAAUAAUUAUUAUUAGCAUUUCAUUUCUUUCUGUCGAUUCCCUUAAAUUCUUCUCUCGGAUUCACCACUUUCAUUUGCGAAGUGGGACCAAAUAUAAUUUAAUAUUGUUAAAACAUCUUUUUCUUUUUUUCGACUACUUUAAAAUAUAUAACGUUUUCGCUUAUGAUUUUUAGAGCUUGUCUCUAGUUUGCAAUAAAUUUUUGUUAAGUUCACUUAUAAAAUUACUGUAACUUUACAGUAAGAUAUGAUAUGUCUAGUUUUAAUUUUUCUUUUCCAAAUUCCAUUUUCUUGUGAAAACUUGUAACUCGUGGCCUACGAUUCAAAUACUUGCAACAAUUAAUGUGAUAGGUACUAAAAACGUUGGUAUUCGAAAGAGAGCUUCAAUUUGACCAGUAAGAAAAUAAAUAUAAAUUACAGUAAACAUUGUAAAUCAUAAGCAUAUUUUUAUUACAAGAUAAUGGAACUUGUAAAAUGAAAAAAAAUAGAAUACUGAAUUAUGUUUCAUUCCUUUUUGGAAAGUGAAGAAUCUGCGACGAGGAACAUUUGGGGAAUCGAACAAAAAGAAUGUUCCAAGCCGUUAAUGGUUGCAAUUAAUUUUUGUGUGCAAGAAAUUUUCUUUUCCUUGAGUGAUAUAGUGGAAUGUUUUAGAGAGCUUCUUAAUAAGUAACGCUUGUCUUUUUUUGUAAAUUUCUUUUACUUCUUUCCUUCAUUACGAAAAAACUAAAAGUAUAUUUGUGUAUAACUAAUUACAAUUAAAGAGUACUACCUUUUUGUAUUUUACUAAUGAUAAUAAUAAUAUUAAUAAUAAUAAUAAUAAUAAUAAUAAUAAUAGUAAUAAUUCCGAUUGACCUGAUGCAAUGAUAAUACCGAGAAAUCUUUUUAAUGUCUGGCUGUUGUUUUAUGCUAGAAGCCUAUAAAAACAGAAAGUUUGAUCUAAGAUUUGUUAUCACAACACGGAAAAUUGUAUUGUAUAAAUGAAAAUAGGAGCGUUACAUCUUAUUUGAAUACAACACAAUUUUCUGUGAAUUAGGAAUAAUUCUGGAGACUUCCCAGUGGCUUGUGAAAUGUAGAUUUUUAGAUGUAAGUUUAUAACUUUAUACGAGAGAGAAUAAUAAUGAAAUAUACAUAAAUAUGAGGAGAACUCAAUUUUAAUAUUACUUAUAAAGCACUUAGCAUAUUGAAGGCGUUAGUUAUUAAAAUAGUUAUUGAAUUUAAUUUUUGAUAUUUAAUUAGAAUCCAAUAAUGUUCCUGUUAGUAAGAAAUUUCAUUUGACGUAAAAAUGCAUGACUCCAAGUGCAAAGUGCCAAUUGUAACAUGUUCGAGUUUAUUUGCUUUUAAGAAAAUGUAAUGUAGAUUAUGUAGAGAAUGAAUUGUGGUGAUUCUUCUGAAAUUGACCUUUAAUACAAUCAAGUAUCGCAACUAUAAGAUUACUGGAAAUUUCACGUCUACUAUCGACUGUGUACCGCGUCCGAGUUGUAUCCCCACUUCUUUCUCAAGACUAUAGGGAUUCAUUCUCAUUAUUAUUAUUUGUAUUAUUAAGGUAUACACUACCUCAUGAUUGUAAAGACAUGAUAUUCAAAUCUAAAGAAAAACAUUUAUUUUAUUUCACUUUUUAAUUUAAACAAGAAAUUUUUAUAAAUAAAACAAAAUUUCUAUUAAUUUUAAAACAGGCGUUUUCGAUAAAAUAACGAACUUUUUAACUGAUUAAUUUAAUUGAAUAGCAAUUUUUUCAAAAAAAAUAAAGGUGUUAUCCAGAUCAAUAAUAAUUCCAAAUUCACUCGAACUGAAGAAGCAUCGUAAAGCACAAUAAAAUAUUAAUAAAUAUAUAAUUUUGCUAAUUCCGUAUUCUUCCUGCAGAAAAAAAGCAAUUAAAUAUUUGCUUUUUGUUGACGUCUUUUUUCUAUAAUAAUUAUGAAAACAAUUAAAAUUUAUAGUUCAAAGGGGAAAUACCACUUGUAAGGCGAAAAAAAGUGUUUAUCAAGAAUUUUUUUCUAAUAAACCGUUAAAUUUUUUAAAAAAUAUUAUUUAUAUAUAUUUUAUUUAAUUUCCGAAAAAAAAAUUAUUACAAUCUGUGUCAGUAAUGAGCCAUGAAUGAGGCUUCCAAAAGAACUUGAUGAGUGGUGACCAAAAAUUUGAAAAUAUGGUUUGUUUGAAAUGCAAAAAUUAAAUUGUUUUACAUUAAUUACAAGAUUUUUUUUCUUACUAAUCGAAGGAUUAAAAUUUUUUUACAUAUUUAACAAAACGGCGAUCUGUUAAAGUUAAAAGUUUGAUUUUUGUUAAAAAAUAAGGUGGGUUUUCAGCAGAUUAAUAACUCUAGAUUAUUAUAUACUAAUGAAGCAUAUUAAAUCUUUUAUAAGUUCAACGUUCAUGGUUGAAAUGAGACUUGCUGUAUAUCUCAUUCAUUUUUUACCAGAUAAACUAAGAAAUUUACAGACACACUUCUAAAAAUAUAUAGCUUAAGAAAAUGCAAAAAAUCAAUUUUUUGAAAUUUACAGGAGGUGUUCCCCCUUUAAACAAAUUAGGUAAAAAUUACAAUUCUAUUUCCUUCUUUUAAAUAUUAAUAAACUACCAUCAUACGCAACUCGGACUAAGGUUUGUCGAUAAAAAGUAAACUGUAUCGGUACUUGAAGUCGUCAAUCCAACACUGACAGCAACUUCAAGAAACAAGUUUUGAUCCAAAUUGUCGAGGGUUUUUUAAUUAAUUAUAAAACAUUGCUGUAAUAUAUUGCAUAUGCAGGUAUAACCAGAGAUAAAAAGAUCAAAUUAUUUAAGUAUUGAGCGCAUGUGAUAUUGAAUAAAAAUUGGUGAAAUAACUUUAUAUCAAAAAUACUUUUAAUUAUUAGAACUAAUUUCACAAUUAAAUCAGUCUGUUUUGUAUAUCUUAUGUUAGCAGUUUCCACAAAUUAGUUUUUUUAUUAUAUUAACGCUGAUUUAACAAAAUUUACAUGGGGUCGAAUCAUUAUUACCACACUCCGUUGGUCCUUCUUGUUUUCAUAAUUAUAUACGGGAAAAAAUUAACAUUAUUAUUCUCAUUAAGAAUUAAAAUUUUAUAACAUUUAACUACUCUAAUGUUAAAAGAUUCAUCCAAAGAUUCACUACUAUAGAAUAACUCCAAAUAAAAGUGUAACCCUCAGGGUAUUAACUGCGUUAGAAACCCUGGCGCAUUUUCAAAGUUACGUCAUGUUUAAAAAAGUCAACGAAGGGGACCCGGGGUAAAAAAUUUUUGAUCCCUAACUGUAUGUGACUUUUCAAGCAGAUUUAGUCAAUAUAUGCUUCUUAUUCUAGCUGUACGCAUUCUAAUUUUAAUUAAAGUUCAAAUAAUUUUUUAGUCUAAUCUGUUGUUAAAUUAUGCUAUUCUUAUCAAUUGUAUAUACAUCAAGUGUUUUUUGCAUUAUACAAUAAUUUUUUUAUGAGAUUUGUGAUGAAUUUCCCAACUUCAAAAAUCGCGUAUUUUCAAACUUCGAAAAAUAGUGUAUUAAGCAACAAGAGUUGCUUAAUUACUAUCAAUCCUUGCUGCUUAAUAUACUAUUAUAGAAUAGAUUAAAAAUCGGCUGACGCUAUCUUAAAGUUAAACUACCUGAAAUAUUUUUAUAUUUUUCAAUAUUGUCUAUGACAAGAAAAUGUGAAAAUAAAUAAUCUCUUGAAAAGGAACAAUAAUAACUUUAGUAAAUAAAUAAUAUCACAAAUCUGAGAAAAUUCACGAUUCAUUUAUGAAAAUUUGUUUUUCAUUGACGAAUUACAGUUGAUCAAAGUUGCAGGGAUAGGUUAACACAUGUCAGUUCCUACAUAAAGUUAACACUUUAUAGUCAGUACCCUGAGGGUUAAGUCAACUUAAAACUACCAAAAGUAGAUUAUAUAUUUAUAUGCUAUUAAAUUUAAUGACUAUUAUUACAAUACAUUUAACAUUUAGAUUACCUGCCAUACAUACUUCUUUACCAAUGUUUUAUGAGCUUGACGAAUUGAAAAUUUUGAAAAAAUUACAUCACCAAAGUAAUUUUUAAGCAAGGUUUUCAAUUGACGACAAUUAUUUCUUAAAAUAAUUUCGUAUUUUAUAUUUACACCUUGCUAUAUUAAGCAUAAGAGAUUGGAUAAAUGUAAGAACUUUUAUUAUCUUAAACACUAGUUUUUGUAUAUGAGCAAUUCCACGUGAGAUUGAGGGGUCUAUCCUCCAAUUCCUUGUAUUCUACGUUUUUGGGUAGAGGUUAUGUGUCUAAUUGAGUAAAAAAAAAUUUUGAAAAAAAAUAUUUAUUAUUUUUUGAGAUAUUUGCAUUAAAAAAUUAGUGCAACUUUUUUUUCAAUUAUUCAUAACUUUUUCACUUUUAGUCCUAGCAAAAAGUUUCUUUUCCUUUUUUUGCUCAGAAAAUAUUAAAGUUUAAGAAAAAAAAAUUUGGAUCAUCUAAUUGUGUGUCCAGAAAAGAAUAUUAAGAAUCGAAAAUUAAUUUUAAAAUGUUAUUUAGAGAAAGACCGUAAAAUACCGUGCCGAGAUGGUAGGAAACCUACGCCAAGUUGUGCCGUGGGGUGCUCAAAAAGCGAUUUUCAAUAAUCAUCUGUUAAUAAUUUAUAUUGUUAAAAAUGCUAUUUGCAAUGGUCUUAUUUGACACAGAAUUAGAUGAUCUUCAAAACAAAAAAUUAACUGUUUAUCGUCACUCUUUCAAAUGUUAUUAAUUAUUUAAAUAAUUAUUAUUAUUAAUUAUUAAUAUAAAAUCCGUUCAUCCGAAAUAGUUCAUAUAGGGCUCGUUGGAUGCGGAUUUUGAUAAGCAUUAAAAUGGCGUUUUUAAAAUUAUUCUAAUUUUAUUUGUUCGUAAAAUAUUUCAUUUUUUAUUAAAUUUUAUUAAUUAAUUAAUUAUUAUCUCGAAAACAAAAAAUAGGGUAUUCGUCAAAUUUGGCACAUGUCUUUGGCUCAUAUUAAUGAAUGUCAUGAAUUUUUUUAGCUUAAACGGAGCCCGAUAACAAGUUUAAAAAUUAAAAACAAAUUUAAUUUUUUAAAUAAAUAAAUUUAAAAAAUUCAAUUUUCUAAAAUUAAUUUUUGUUUCUUAAACUUGAAUAUUUUCUGAGCAAAAAACGUUUAAGAAACUUUUUGCUUGGAAUAAAAGUGAAAAAGUUAUGAAUAAUUGAAAAAAAAGUUGCACUAAUUUUUUAAUGCAAAUAUCUCGAAAAAUAAUAAAUAUUUUUUUUCAAAAUUUUUUUUUACUCAAUUAGACACAUAACCUCUACCCAAAAACGUAGUAUACAAGGAAUUGGAGGAUAGACCCCUCAAUCUCACGUGGAAUUGCUCAUAUGACCUUGUCAUAAAAUUAAAAACGUACUAGUAAGCACGAAUUGUCACAUAUUAACUGUAAAUUCAAACACACGCUGAAUUACAGCGAAUUAGGCUGCACCGUAAAGGAUUUCUGACAAUGAAUUAGAAUGAAUUUAAAUUAUCAUCUUCACUUACAGCAGAAUUCAUGGAGGUUAUAAGUCAAUUUAUCGCAAUUCUUUUUUACUUUCUGGCAUGUUAUAAAUGUUUAAUUUACCAUUUUUAAUUAAAGAGAAAAGACUGAUUCAAAAACUACUAUUUAUUAAUUUUUCCGCAAAAUUCUCUUUAUACUUUAAUUCAACUUCUCGAAAAAAUGUUUUCGAAAAAAAUCUAUACAUUUUCAAAGAAUUACCCAUUUAUUUAUACAUUUUAUCAGAUUUUAUAUAUUCUAUAAUAAGUACCUAUUUAAAUAAAAAACUAUACUAUAAUUAAUCAAUAGUUAAUUUACAAUUUAAUAUAUAUUUAAAUUUUUUCAGUAGUUUUAAUAUAUUUGAUAUUUUUCUUUAACAAUUUCUUUUACGGUUACUGCACCAGUAUUAGAGAAGAAUAAUUUUAAUUACGUUGUGGAGAACAAAUUAAAAAUUUCAACUGUAUAUUUAGUUGUUUUCGUCAUAGAACAUUAAAUAAAUUUUUUUUUAAUUUCCAUAUAAUUAAUUUAUAACUUUAUUUCAACAUUGAUAAUAGUCACUUCCUAAGCAAUAAGUUUAGAAUAUAAUUGAAGAUUAUAUUUAUAUAUAAGACUUAUUUCAUAAAAUCAACAUGAAAUUUCAACACCUUUUUCGUUUAAAGAAUAAUGAAAAAAGUUUCGAUUUGUCAAAUUCAGAUUAAAAAAAUAAUUUGCUUAAAAUUACUCACUGGUGCAUGCACCCUACGAGAAGUUUUUGAAGAAAUGAGAUAAAACGAGACAAUUUGAGAUGAAAGAAUCAAAUGAAUAAGUCAGAUUCUCAGUAUCGAUCAUAAAUUCUUCGUUCUUUAAUUGUUUUUUCAAUUGUAAAAAAUAGCAUUACGAGGUAGAAUAUAAAUAGAUAUUUGCAACUCUGCUGUUUCAAUCAUAUAUUUUUUCAAUUAAAAAAAAUCGAUUUAGAUUUUUCAUAAGCUCUACAAUGAUUUAAAAAAGAAAUAUAAAAAAGUAGCCAAUAUGUUUCUAAAACAAAGCGAAAAUGGUCAAUUUCAUAAGAAUCAUUAAUUUUAAUGACAGAAAAAACAAAGAAUUUUUAUUGUUUGUAGUUUUUAAUUGUAUCUCAUAACUCAAGAGCACAAAAACUUGAAAAAUGUAAUUUUAUAUUUUCGGAUAAAUAUGACCGGCAAAGUUUAUUGUAUAAUGUGAUUCAAACUGAUGCCUGAGAAAGAUAUCUUCGAUGUCUUGUUCACACCACAGAAAAAUAUGAUAUUUUUGAUAUAGAACAAAAACACAUUUCUUAUAGAAACAAAGUUUGUUUCUAAAAGUUUCAGUCGUUAUUACCAAAAUUAUUUGUAACCUAAAAAUUUAAUCCUAAUUUCGUACAUGUAUUUAUGUAUGUAUGAGUGUCUGUAGACAAAUUGCAUUGUUUUUAAUUCUUUCACUGACAAAUUUUUUAAAUGCUUAAAUUACACUUUAGAAAUGUUGGUGAUUAAAUGAUUCUUGUACGGUAUAUACAAAUUUAUUAACUUCUUACUUUUAUAAUCAUCAAUUUACAGGAUGAAAUAUGCUACAUAUUGUAUUGAUAUCAUAUUACAAACAUGAUCAUUUAUUUAAAACUUA